CAUAUUUGUAAGUGUGUAAUAUAAAUGAAAAGAUGGAUCAUAUCGUGUUCAAAUUAAAUGGAAUAGAGCAUAAAGCUGACGGCAGAUUUAGCCCAGAUUUCACUCUAAACGAAUACAUUAGAACCGUGGCAGACCUUCGCGACACUAAAGUCAUGUGCAGGGAGGGAGGUUGUGGGGCCUGUAUAGUAUCUGUAAGGGCCUCUACACCCACACAAGAGAUAAAAACUUUCGCCGUGAAUUCUUGUUUAGUAUCUCUGUUUUCUUGCCACGGCUGGGAUAUUCGAACAACAGUAAGCAUAGGCAACAGUACCAUUGGAUAUCAUGAGAUACAGAAGAGAUUGGCUGCUGUGAACGGAUCGCAGUGUGGCUUCUGUUCACCAGGCUGGGUUAUGAGUAUGUACAGCCUAUUGGAGUCAAAUCCAAAACCAACAGCAGCAGUAAUUGAAAAUUCAUUCGCCAGCAAUAUAUGCAGAUGUACUGGCUAUAGAUCAAUAGCUGAUGCUUUCAAAUCUUUCGCAAUCGAUGAAAAUAAAGAUAUAAAACAAAAACUAAUUGACCUUGAAGAUCUUGGUAAUAUUAAAUGUGAUAAAAAGUGUAAAGAAGUUAAAAAAGAAGAGGAAAAUGAAGAUCUUGGUAAUAUUAAAUGUGAUAAAAAAUGUAAAGAAGUUAAAAAAGAAGAGGAAAAUGAAAGUACGUGGUGUGUUAUUGAGAAAGAUGAAAAUGUACCAAUUGAAAUAAGUGGAGAUGGAUUUAAAUGGUACAGAGCUACAAAUUUGAAUGAUGUAUUCAGUGCUAUGGGGAAUGGUGAACAUAAACUAGUCGCUGGAAAUACGGGACAAGGUGUUUAUCGCAUCAAUGAAUAUCCGAAAAACGUAAUAGACAUAUCAAAUGUAACGGAAUUAAAGGGUUUUGAUAUUGACGUUAACCUAAUCUUAAAAGCUGCUCUUUCAUUAACCGAAAUGAUGGAAAUAAUUCUGAAGUUGUCCAAAGAAAAUGAGGACUUUUCUUAUCUGAAAGAGUUAUGGGAUCAUAUGGAUUUGGUUGCUCAUAUACCUGUUAGAAAUGUUGGCACGAUUGGCGGUAAUUUAAUGUUAAAACAUACAAACAAAGAAUUUCAAUCUGAUCUCUUCGUACUUCUUGAAGCAAUUGGUGGCAUGAUUACUAUAGCUGAAGGCGUGGGGAAAUAUAAAAUCAUAACUCUACUGGAUUUUCUUAAGGUUGAUAUGAAUAAUAAGGUUUUAAUUAAUGUUUUAUUACCACCGUUAUCUAAAGACUGCAUUUUAAAAACUUACAAGAUAAUGCCUUGUUCCCAAAAUUCUCGUGCGAUAGUAAACUCGGCAUUCCUGUUCAAAUUUCACCACAGCUCCCAAAUUCUAGACAAAAUGACAAUUGUGUAUGGUGGUAUAUCACCAAAUUUCGUACAUGCUGCUAAAUCUGAGAUGGCAUUGAUUGGUAAAGAUCCCUUUACAAAUGAGACAUUGAACAUAGCUUUAAGAAGUUUGUCGAAGGAAAUAAAUCCUGAAGUUAUGGAAACUGAGCCAUCUGUAGAUUAUCGGAAAAUGUUGGCUCUGAGUCUUUUCUAUAAGGCCAUUCUAAGCUUAUCACCUGAUGAUAAAAUAAAUCCCAUAUAUCGUUCUGGUGGUGAUGUAAUUAAAAGAGAAGUUUCCAAAGGAAAUCAGUAUUACGACACUGAUCCAACUAUUUGGCCGCUAAAUAAACCGAUACCGAAGUUAGAAGCAUUAAUACAAUGUAGUGGUGAAGCUGUUUACGCAAAUGCUUUACCGAAGUUAACAAAUGAGGUGUUUGCUGCAUUUGUUCUAGCUGAUACAACUCCGGGCAGUAUUAUUAGUGAUUUUGAUACCUCUGAAGCUUUUAAACUUGAAGGCGUCGCUGCAUUUUACACAGCUAAAGAUAUACCUGGAAAAAAUACCUUUACACCAAGUAACGUGCCGCUCAUGGCAGCUGAUGAAGAGAUCCUAUGCUCUGGAAAAGUAUUAUUUAAUGGCCAACCAGCUGCUAUUAUAGUUGCAAAUAGAGAAUUUACCGCCAACAAAGCUGCUAAACUAGUGAAAAUCAUUUAUUCAGUUAUUAAUAAUAACAAACCGUUACUUACUAUCGAUGACGUUUUAAAAUCUCCUGAUAAUAAAUCAAGAGUAAUAAAUAAUGAAACCAUAAAACCCAGUAAUGUAGGGAAUGAUGUGAAACAUGUAAUCAAAGGUGAAUUUAAAACAGUAGAUCAAUAUCAUUAUUACAUUGAACCUCAAACGUGUGUUGCUAAACCUAUUGAAGAUGGACUGGAAAUACAUUCAGCUACACAGUGGCUCGAUUUAGCUAAUGUUGCUGUUGCUCAAUGUUUAAAUGUUCCAGUAAACAGUAUAAAUGUGAUCGUUCGUAAAGUGGGUGGUUCCUAUGGAGGUAAAAUAACGAGAUCAGCUCAAGUCGCCUGUGCUGCGGGUCUGGUGGCGCAUCUACAGAGAAAAGCGUGUAGAUUGAUUCUGUCUCUUGAAACGAAUAUGCGGUCGAUUGGAAAGAGAUUACCGACUCUGAGUAAUUUUGAGGUGGGCGUAGAUGAAAAAGGUGUCAUUCAGUAUCUAAAGAACACUUUCUAUCAAGAUAAUGGUCAUUCAAUUAAUGAAGUGAUCGUCCCUUUAACCGUUAAUCAUUUCUGUAAUUGCUACGACACUCAGAGGUGGGAGAUAGAAGCUAAUACUGUUUUGACUGAUAAACCCUCGAAUACUUGGUGUCGUGCUCCUGGUUCUACGGAAGGUGUAGCAAUGAUAGAGUACAUUAUGGAAAUAAUUGCAUAUGAAAUAGGCCAAGAUCCUAUGCAAGUUCGAAUUGCAAACAUGAUACUCGAAAACAAUCCUCUCAUAGAUAUGAUUGAUCAAUUAAAAAAAGAUUCUGAUUAUGAUAAAAGGAAAACGGAAAUCGAAGAAUUCAAUAAAAAUAACCGGUGGCGCAAGAGAGCAAUGAAAAUGAUGCCGAUGAAGUAUGAUGUAGGAUACUUUGGUAAUUAUAACUCCAUAGUUUCAAUAUAUCACGGUGAUGGAAGCGUCCUUAUUAUGCAUGGUGGUAUUGAAAUGGGGCAAGGUCUUAAUACUAAAGUUGCUCAAGUAUGCGCCUAUACACUUGGCAUACCAUUAGAAAAGAUAAGUGUACAACCAUCUACAAGUUUUACUUCACCGAAUACUAUGACUACAGGCGCUAGUAUUGGAAGCGAAUGUGUUUCAUACGCAACUAAAAGAGCAUGUGAAAUUCUAUUAGAUAGAUUGGCUCCUAUCAAAGCAAAAGGAAGUUAUACUUGGGAAGAGCUAAUCGUUGAAGCGUUUAAAGAAGAAAUUGAUUUGCAAGCGUCUUACAUGUAUUCUGCUAUGAAAGAUGAUGUGAAACCAUAUGCUGUAUAUGCAGUGUGUGUUUUAGAGGUGGAAAUUGACAUUUUAACUGGAAAUCAUAAUGUGAGACGGUUGGAUCUACUUGAAGAUGUCAGUAGAAGCCUUAGUCCUAUGAUAGAUGUCACACAGAUAGAAGGUGCCUUUGUUAUGGGCCUUGGAUAUUGGACGCAAGAAAAUCUGAUAUAUGAUCCCUUAUCGGGAAGACUAUUAACCGAUCGCACGUGGUCCUACAAGCCUCCAGGUAUAAAAGAUAUACCAGCAGAUAUGAGAAUUUACUUCUGCAAAAACUCUAAAAACGAGUUUGGUGUGCUACAAUCUAAAGGUACCGGGGAACCAGCACUAUGCCUGGCUACAGUAAUCAUCCACGCGAUCCGAGACGCAGUGCGCCUAGCGCGCUUGGACGCCGGCCUUUCAGACGAAUGGUUACGAAUUGAAAACCCUUGUACAGUGGAAAAUAUAUUUAUGGCUGUGGGACAUAAGAUCGAACAUUUCAAAUUGAUAUGAAAACAAUAAU